AUGCGGAGCGGCGCAGGCACCCACGUGAGGAGGGCCCAGUUCUGGAGCUGGCAAAAUGUGAAUGAGGAGGCAGAGCGCGAUUUAAAGGUGCUGGCGGCACCCGGGCGGGAGGGAGGACCAGCCAGGGCGCGCAGCAGCGGCGGCGGUGGCAGCAGCAGAGGCCAUCCAAGGCCAGCGCCAGCGGCGGCAGCCCCGGGACCAGCGAGUCAGGGAGCGGCGCCGCGGGAGGCUCCCCUCGCGCCGGCUGGCCAGCCGUGCGCCCAGGGCACGGGGAGUCCCGCAGGCAGAGCCAGGCCGCCCUCCCCUCACACCCCCCACCCGUCUGUGCCUCUCGGACACCCAGAGGAGCCGAGAGCGCCCGCUGCCCCCGCGCCGCCCUGCGCUGUCCUGCUCGCUCAGCCCGCCCUCCCAUGGCUCAGCCCGGGCGCUGACUGUCUGAAGGGCUCUGCCGGCGAAUAUUUACCUUCUCGCCGCUCACCCGCGCCAGGGCUGCUGCCCCUGCCGCCGCAGUUCCUGCUGCUGCCGCCGCCGCCGCCGCUGGCCUCGGCGCGGCAGGAAGAGGCUGCGGGCGGGGAGGGUCUCCGGCUGGGCCGGCCGGCAGCCGGCGGGCGCUUCUCAGAGGCGGCCUGCGGCACCGCCCGCUGCUUCUCUUCCACUCCACCUCCAUCCCCGGGAGCGUAUAUGAGCGCUGCCUUUCCGCCCUCCCUGAUGAUGAUGCAGCGGCCCCUGGGUAGUAGCACUGCCUUCAGCAUCGACUCGCUGAUCGGCAGCCCUCCCCAGCCCAGCCCGGGACACUUCGUGUACACCGGCUACCCCAUGUUCAUGCCUUACCGGCCGGUGGUGCUGCCCCCUCCGCCCCCUCCGCCCCCCACGCUCCCGCAGGCCUCCCUGCAGCCGGCCCUGCCGCCCGCACACCCCCACCACCAAAUCCCCAGCCUGCCCACCGGCUUCUGUUCCAGCCUGGCACAGGGCAUGGCCCUCACCUCCACCCUCAUGGCCACCCUGCCCAGCAGCUUUUCGGCUUCGCCCCAGCACCAGGAAGCGGCCCGCAAGUUUGCGCCGCAGGCCCUGCAGGGCAACUUCGACAAGGCAGACGGCAUCCCGGCCGAGUCGGAGGAUGGUAAAGCUUUCCUGGCCAAAGAAACCUCGCUCUUGUCGUUCUCGGCCUCCGAGACAGUUCAGGCUUCCCUAGUGGGGGCCAUCAGAGGCCAGGGGAAAGACGAGGCCAAAGGGGAGGACGACUCCAAGGGCAAAGAGGAGAGCUUCUCCAUGGACAGCGACCUGGACUACAGCUCGGACGACAACAUCCCCAGCCAAGCAGCCCACAAGGAGGAAGACUUGGCCACUGCCCUGGAGGAGAAUCCCCAGAGCAGCAGCAGCAGUAGCAGCAGCAGCAGCAGCUCGGGCAGCACCACCUCCACUGGCAAGAACCGGCGAAGGCGGACGGCCUUCACCAGCGAGCAGCUCCUGGAGCUGGAAAAGGAAUUCCACUGUAAGAAGUACCUGUCCCUGACAGAGAGGUCGCAGAUUGCCCACGCGCUCAAACUCAGCGAGGUUCAAGUGAAAAUCUGGUUCCAAAACCGCAGGGCCAAGUGGAAACGGGUCAAGGCCGGCAACGCCAACUCCAAGACCGGGGAGCCUUCUCGGAACCCCAAGAUCGUUGUCCCCAUUCCGGUGCACGUCAGUCGUUUUGCCAUCAGAAGUCAGCACCAGCAGCUGGAGCAGGCCAGGCCCUGAGCCGACGAGGGCCCCCUCCUCGACCUCCUCAGUCCCCCACCCCAGCAGGUGCCAGGAGAGGCAAGACCACCCCCACCCCCCACCGACACACACACAAACAGGGACAAAGGAGGAGCCGAAGAAAAGCGGAGUCCUAGGCGACUCUCAGAACUGUUUGAAAAACAAAACGUUUAACAAAACAAACAAAAAGAGGUGAAUGUUGGACAGAGCAAGCAAAUUGAGAAUAUAUUAAUUUCAGACAAUGCUGAAAAACUAUUUUCGGAUGAGGGAAACAUCGGAAUCUGGACAGAGGCAUUAAGUAUUAUUCUAUCUUACUUUGUAUAUAGUUAAUCUAUCUAUAAGGAAUCUCAGCUGCAGGAUUUUUUUUUUUGACUCUAAUGGGACCAACUCCCCCAGUUUCAUGAAGGUCUUACAUUCCAGAAGAAAACAAGAUAAGAACCAAGCCGAUAACCUGCGGUAUGCACAAGCCAACCUUUUUGUUUUGUAUUUUUUGUUGCCGUUGUUCCUUGCUUUUCCAAAGGUAAAAGGAAACAGAAACGUUUGGGUUCUUCCCUUUAUUUUUUGGCUUUCCCAGUUGGCUGAGGGGCAAACAUUUUCAGGGUGCCCAAGUGAACCUUUUUUGUUGUUUGGUUUUCCUGGCUUGGCAUCCUCUCUCUGGGGUUGCCUAUCCUUAACUAAGCCAUGUUUGAAAGCACGUCGGUCUCUAUUGUGUUUAAUUUAUUUCAAUGUAGCUUAUCUCCUUCUAAGUUAUGGAAUUUAAACAAACUCAG